AUGGCCGCGAAGCCCGACGACACGGCGGUUCGCCUCCUGUGGAACCCCGAAAACGUCAAGGACGUCGCCGAGUCUGUUGGCAUCACGCAGAUUGGCGACGACGCGCUGCGCUGCCUGUCGCAAGACGUCGAGUACCGCAUCGGCCAGGUGAUUGUCGAGGCGCUGCGGUUCAUGCGCGCGGCCAGCCGCACGACGCUGACCGUGCAAGACGUGUCCCUGGCGCUGCGCGUCCUGGACGUGGAGCCGCUCUACGGCUACGAAUCGACACGGCCGCUGCGGUACGGCGAAGCCAGCAUCGGCCCCGGGCAGCCGCUGUUUUACGUUGAGGACGAGGAGGUGGAGUUUGAGAAGCUCAUCAACGCGCCGCUGCCCAAGGUGCCGCGCGACGCGAGCAUGACGGCGCACUGGCUGGCGAUUGAGGGCGUGCAGCCGUCGAUCCCGCAGAACCCGACGACGGCGGAGGCGCGCAGCACGCAGGAGCUCGUGGCCAAGGGCCCCGGCGCGAACCCGGCGCUGGCGGCGCUGGCGGGCAACGACAACGUCGGGUUCAAGCCGGCGGUCAAGCACAUCAUCAGCAACGAGCUGGUGCUGUACUUUGACAAGAUCCAGGCGGCCAUCCUCGACGACAGCCCCGACGAGGAGGUGCUGCGGCUGCGCGAGGCGGCGCUCGAGUCGGUGCGGUCGGACCCGGGCCUGCACCAGCUGGUGCCGUACUUUGUCAGCUUUGUGGCGACGCAGGUCACGCACCGCAUCGACGACGUGACCAUCCUGCGGCACAUGAUGGAGCUGACGACGGCGCUCGUCGAGAACCCGCACGUGUUUCUCGACCCCUACGUGACGCCGCUGUGCGCGCCCGUCCUGACGUGCCUGCUCGGGCAGAAGCUGGGCCUGGGUGGCGACAAGGCGACGGCGGCUGGCGGCGGCGGCGCUGGUAAUGGUGGUGGUGGUAGCAGUGGCGCCGCAGCGAGUAGUUCGGCCGGCGUGCAGGGCACCGACGCCGUCCGCGACAUCUACCUGCUGCGCGAGCUGGCCGCGUCGCUCUUGGGCCUGCUGGCCCGCAAGUUCGCCAAGAGCAGCACGCUGCUCCGGCCCAAGCUCACGCGCACGUGCCUCAAGACCCUGCUCGAGCCCGACCGCCCCGUCGGCGUGCUCUUUGGUGCCGUCGCGGGCCUGUCGGCCGCCGGCGGGCCCGAGGCCGUGCGCGUGCUACUGCUGCCCAAUCUCAAGGCCUUUGACACGUACGUUCUGCAGCCGCUGCAGGAGCGCGGCGCCGCCAUUGCCAUUGAGCUGGAGAUGCUCGUCGCGGGCGGUCUGCUCAAGGCGAUCCGGACCUUGGUGCCAGCGACGCCGUUGACGCCCAGCGGCCUUGCCGGCGGUGGCGGUGGUGCCAGCAGCGGCGUUGAGACGGCCGAGUUGGUGGACUUUCUGGGCCCUGUGGUUGGGCAGCGGGUGGCGCAGCUGGGCGAUUCGCGGUUGAAUGCCGUGAUUCUGGAGGCGCGGAACAUUGAAUAG